AUGAAGCUUUUAUUAGUGUUGGCUGCCGUAACGGCUAUAAGCGCUGGUAGCGCAAUCCCCGUCAUUCCUGGAGAUAACAGUCACUAUGUGGAGGGUGAAAGCCGCUACAUCUGGAUGCCUGAUGGUGAAGGGAUUCCUCACCUAGUAGAUUUGCAUGAGCCAGCUCAAGAAGAUAUCAUUCAGGGACUGGACCCCGCUGGUCCUCAAUGGGGCGGAAACUCGAAUGCUUUGAACCGAAAUGACGGUCAAUACGUUGAGACAAUUCAUACUGAUGGUGGACUUCUUGGUAUCUUCGACCGGAUUGCCGACUCUGAUUUCUACCCCAAUGGAGGAAGAAACCCUCAGCCUGGUUGCUGGAUAAGCACCUGUUCCCAUAGUCGUGCAUAUGAACUAUUUGCGGCAACUAUUCGCAACAACCAUCUCAACGGCAGGGCUUGUUCUAAUAUUAAUCAAGUUUCAAAUCCAAACCAAUGCACAGGUGCCACUCUGAGGAUGGGUAACGGAAUUGUUAAUAAAAGAGGAUCUGGUAUCUUCGCCCUUACGACCGGCAGAUCAUUUCCAUUUUAA